AUGAAUGAGAAGCUGAGCGCAAGCGAGUUUUAUAGGCUCAGUCAUGAGUACUCAGAGCAUGCUCAUCAAUUGCUUAGGGAUGUAAGUACCGAGCAGCAGAUGCAGCAGUACCAGACCCUAAUAUACCACGCGAUUCAUGCGUUGAUCUGCACCAAGGAGCAGUUUCAACUCAGCGCUGAGCAAGAUGUUACAGUCACAUUAGAGCUCUGCAAUCUAUUGGUUCAAGAAACAGUUGAGUUCGACCUUGCAGAAACAUAUUUGUCUAGUGUGAAAGAGCGGCUUCAUGCUACUGACCUUCUACACGAAAAGAUGCUAGUCGAAGAAGCGCUCGUUCGAGUAGCUAAGAUGCGAGGAUCAUCCCAGCACCUUAAAGACUCACUGCGUAAUGUCAAUGCAACCUUAAGCGACCUUGAUGGCUCGAACUCGGCGUGGCACCUUUACUUCUCUUUUCUUAGAAUUGAGCUGAUAUCAAUGAUUUCACCAUCGGAUCAGCGGAUACUUCGAUUGUUUGAAGAGCUGAUACAAAGCAGCAGAGACGCCCCACCUUUUCAUUUAUUCAUCAUGUGUUCUUAUCUUGGCUACUGUCUUGAUCAACACUUAAGCGUGCCAAUGCAUUAUCUUCAGGAGCUUGCAACGCUAUCUGACUCUGAAGCACCACCACCGCUCAAGCUGUGGAAGCAUUUGAUAGAGCUUUUGGUUCUUAUGCAAAUCGACUCAAAUAUUACAGGGAAGCUUUCUGAGUUUAAGGAGUUUGUUACUAUUCACAAAAAGGUCUUGACUAGCCCGAGUUUCAAUUUGAGGCUUGACAACAAGGUCGAAAUCACUUUGAAUAGCUUGGUUUUUCGUUACAAAGAUUUUAAGAAUAUUAUACUGUUAUUCCAAAGCAUUAGCUAUCUGACCAACUGUUAUGACAAGAAAGCCAAUUUCUCCACCAGGUUUCUCCCGAAAGUUAAGAAGGCUGCAACAGAGCUACUCGAUUCCGCUGAAGACGCAAAUAUCCUGGCGAUAAACAACAUGCGUUCUUUCUACAAACGGAUGCUAGACCUAUGUCACUACUAUACCUGCUUCGAAGGUCUGAUCCUAGAAGGCGUUUGCGAAGAAGUAACGGAUGAAACCGAAUACGCAGCCUUGAUAAACGCCAUGAAACUCCAGCUGGCCAAAAAUUCUGAAGGAGCCCUACAAGCAUAUUCCAAAAUAAUAGAUUCCAAAUUUUCAACUGAAUUCAGGCUAAUAGGAAUGUUAAAUUGUUUCGUUAUCAAAGUUGCUACAAUGAGCAAACAUGGAGGUACCGUAGCCUUCGAUGACUACCAAAAGGUUAAUGAAAUCUGGGCGUCCAUCACACAUCUUGUUGACUCGCACGAAUUCCGCAUGAACCAAACUUGGCAGUGCACUUUGGUUGUGAUUUGGAUAGCGACUCACUUUCACCCAUUUACUAACGCCCAGUUGUCUCGAGAGAAUGAUGCGGACUAUCUUGAAAAACUCAAAUGGUUUCACUCGGCCAACAGCUAUUGCAAGGUUGCAAGCAGUUCAUCGCAUGGAAGCGUCAACAACGAGGAAAAACCUAAAGCACCUGCGCUCAAAAAAGCUUUGUUACUGCUUUUUCUUCUGAACUACAUUGCUGGUGCUACUGUGGUUCACGACUUGGGAGAAAAGUGUCAGAUUUCCAACGCUUGCUUUUACCUCGGACAGCAACAACAAAUGCCACUUAUGAGAUACCUUGCAGGUCUGUCGCAUUUACUGAAUUGCGGCCUUGCUAUGAAAAGCAAGGAUGUUGCCAUAACGAGAUCUAAGUUGAAGGAACUGGUUGAAAACUUGUUAAAGUCUGGUUUUGAGCUGGCUCAAUAA